AUGGUUACAGUUCUACGUCGCGGAAACCCCCCUCCUGUCCUUCUCUUUGGGGACGAUAUCGUUUCAAAGCCUCUACCUGAGCUUGAAGUUGGGCCGGGCCACACCACCUCAUGUGCGAUACAUGAGAUCGAUUAUGAGGGGCCUUUGAGCCCAUGGGUCAACUUCGAGAGAGAAGUUGAGCAGCAAUAUGUCAACCAUAACUGGAGACUUGAACCAGUCGGCGCCACAGAAGACAAUGAUGAUCCGCCUCCCCACAGCCUGUCCAGAGAGCAAGUCUAUGUCGGAGACGAGAACGGAGUACAAGGUCGAUUUGUGCAGAAUGUUGGACAGGCUGUGGGGAGCGCCUUCGCCUCUCAAUUGCUCGACGUUAGAUUUGGCGAUUUUAAAUCGUCACUGUAUCCUCGAGGAUACAAGAAGGUGCCGGAUUCGGUGAUGGAAACCGCGGCCGGUGGCCUCCUCGCCGUUGGAGAGCUAAAGACCCCAUGGGCAAAAGGUCAAAUAGCCAAAUACAUGUAUGAUCUCAAGUUGAAGUUCGGCUAUAUGUCAAACUACGAUGAAACAAUCUUCUUCAAACAAGAGAUCCCUCCUGGCCGCCGCUACACGGUCUUGUACUAUUCGUCAAUCAUUGGCAGUGAUAGCUUGUUUGUCCCUGGAGAAUCCGUUACGCUGCGGCAGUGUUUCUUUCACCUCGGAGUUGAGGCGAGCGCGGGCCCCGAUCAUAUCACUGAAGUAACUAGAACGGUCCCGUGGUUUAGUGGUUAA